CCAGAGAAAGCGAGAGAUUGACAAUUUCUUCGAUUUAGAGAGAGAGAGAGAGAUUGAAGAUUUUUGAAUUACAAAUUUGAUUGUCUCCUUCACUGCUUGCUCUGUCUGUGUCUGUUUUAUGUUUGGGAGUUCGAAUAGCUUAACUGGGUUCCUCAUAUUUUUGAUCUUUAUUGAAGAUUCUUCUAUUUUUUUUUUCCACUUUUCAUUUGCGUCUGUUUUUGUAUUAGGAAAACGAUAUAGCUUUCUGGGUAUUCUCUGAUUCUUAGAAAAAUUGAGGGUUUUGGAAUCUUUGGUCAUGAGCUGCUUCGGGAAUUCAUGGAAAUAAAUUAGAUUUCAAGCUCAAUUUUUACCCUGAUCACUGAUACUUAAAGUGAGUGAGAGAGAGAAGUUUCGAGAUCAAGCUUACUAGGUUGCUUUUCUCAGAGAAAAGGACAACUUUCUGGUUUCUGAGUCGUAAAGCUGAGACGAGAGAGAGGAGGAGAGAGAGAAAAUGAGGGGGAGGUCAACGUCCGAUGGCUGUUGUUAACAAUGGAGUUCCUUUUGAAAUGACAAGCAAAUUAAAAUCAAAAUUUUGAGUUGGUGUAGCUCUCUCCUCUGUUUACCAAUUUCAACACAUCAAAACCAUGGUGGAAGAGAGUGGGAAGGAGGUUUUGGUUGAUACCUUGUCAGCUGAAGAUUGGUUAUCACGCGCACAACAGCUUAUCCCAUUGGCAUUAUCCAAGGCUAAAGUGGUUAAGGGAUUUCCUGGCCGAUGGAAGAUGAUAAUUUCGAAGUUAGAACUGAUCCCAUCACGGUUAUCUGACUUGUCGAGCCAUCCUUGCUUCUCCAAGAACACUCUUUGCAAGGAACAGUUGCAGGCGGUUUCGAGGACGUUGAAGGAGUCAAUUGAAUUGGCAGAGCUCUGUGUUGAGGAGAGGUAUGAAGGUAAGCUCCGGAUGCAGAGUGACCUUGACGCGCUUUCGGGGAAACUUGAUUUGAAUUUGCGAGAUUGUGGGCUUCUGAUCAAGACUGGGGUGCUCGGUGAGGCCACUUUUCCGUUAUCUGUUUGCGGUUCUUCAACAGAAUCCGAGGGUGCUGCUCAUGGCAAUAUAAGGGAAUUGCUUGCGAGGCUUCAGAUCGGGCACUUGGAGGCGAAACGUAGAGCUCUUGAUAGCCUUGUUGAAGUGAUGAAAGAGGAUGAGAAGAACGUUUUGGCGGUUUUAGGACGUAGCAAUAUUGCUGCUUUGGUCCAAUUGCUUACUGCAACCUCUCCUCGUAUUCGGGAGAAGACUGUGACAGUGAUCUGUUCGCUUGCAGAAUCCGGGAGCUGCGAAAAUUGGCUUGUGUCUGAAGGUGUUCUUCCUGCUCUAAUAAGGCUUGUGGAGUCGGGAAGUGCGGUUGGAAAAGAGAAGGCCACAAUCUCGCUUCAGAGGCUGUCAAUGUUGGCUGAGACUGCUCGUGCAAUCGUAGGCCAUGGUGGGGUUCGUCCCCUAAUUGAGAUAUGUCGAACGGGUGACUCUGUCUCUCAGGCCGCUUCCACUUGCACCUUGAAGAACAUUUCAGCCGUCCCCGAGGUUCGACAAGCUUUAGCUGAAGAAGGGAUCAUAAGGGUCAUGAUCAAUCUCCUUGAUUGUGGCAUUUUGUUGGGGUCCAAAGAGUAUGCAGCCGAAUGCUUGCAGAAUCUCACUGCCAGCAACGACAACUUAAGAAGGUCUGUCAUCCAAGAGGGUGGAAUCUGCAGCCUAUUGGCGUAUCUUGACGGUCCAUUGCCUCAAGAAUCUGCGGUCAGUGCAUUGAGGAAUUUGGUUGGCUCAGUUUCUAUGGAGGUUUUGGUUUCCCUCGGCUUCCUACCACGUUUGGUUCACGUUCUUAGGUCAGGGUCACUUGGUGCACAACAGGCUGCUGCGUCGGCAAUCUGCCGAGUUUGCACCUUGGCAGAGACAAAGAAGAUGGUGGGUGAGACGGGGUGCAUUCCCUUGCUCAUCAAGAUGCUCGAGUCUAAGUCAAACAGCAUCAGAGAGGUCGCCGCACAGGCAAUUUCUAGCUUGGUGACCCUUUCACAGAACUGCCGAGAAGUUAAGAAGGAUGACAAGAGUGUGCCUAAUCUGGUUCAGUUGCUUGACCCUAGUCCACAGAACACAGCAAAGAAGUAUGCAGUGUUUUGCCUCGCUUCGCUUUCAUCGAGCAAGAAGUGCAAAAAGCUUAUGAUUUCUUAUGGGGCAAUUGGGUAUCUCAAGAAGCUUACUGAGAUGGAAAUCCCUGGGGCUAAGAAGCUGCUUGAGCGGUUGGAAAGAGGGAGGUUCAGGAGUUUGUUUAUCAGGAAGUAGAGGGAAUGAAGUUGCUAAAUGCAAACGUCUUUUUCGUAUAAUGAAAGAAAGGCGCUUUAACUUUUCGUAUCUUAGCUGUCUCAUUGUCUAUAUGAAACAAAAGUAGUUAGUUUUAAGGACAUGAAAUGAGAUGCUUAUCAAUGUUCUCUCACUUAUUUAUGAAAUGAGAUGCCUUUGUUGCGUUGGCAGGGGAAA